AUAUAUAAUGAAAUGUAUACAAACAUGUUUGAUAUUUCCUCAUGUGAUUCCCCGCUAAGUUAUUUAUAAAUUAUUGAUAAGAUUUCCUUGAGUUCUUGUGGUCAUGUUGGAUAAGACGAACGUGCGAUAGUGACCGUUAAAUAUAGAUAUUGUCAUGAAAUAUUUAAUUCUACUUCUACCAUUAGUAUACGCCAGUAUACAACGCGAUGGCAUCACAAUCAGUAUCGAACCUGGACCCACUGAAGCCAACACCACUAUCAAAUAUGAAGGAAAAGAUCUGAAGAUGCUAACAGAUAAAGAUAAAACAGCGUUUAAUCUCACUCAAGAAUCUAUAAAAAGAGCUGUUGAAGUAUAUGCCAAUGAAAAAGCGACAGAUGUAUUUAUCAAAAGCCCAACACCUUGGGGUGAUAUUUACAAAACUUAUAUUUGGAGGGAAGUGAAAAGAGAAUUCAAAAUAAAAGAUAUAAAGGUAGUAAACGUUACACAUAAAGAACGCAUUCUGUCUGCUAAAGAUUAUAAAAAUGAUGGUGAUGAGAGAAAGAAUAUAAAAGGAAUAGUAAAUGAUGGUUAUGACUCAUUUUAUUCAAGACAUUAUUGGAGUGGAAAUGAAAAAGUUAAUGCCCGUGUCAUAUACAAUCUGACAAGACCUUAUGAUCCUCCACUACUUUAUGGAUACUCUUCAGACGUCGGACAGCAUUAUUUUGAAAGCGGAGUCAAUAUAAUAACUAUUAAAGAAUCACGAGCUAAGUUUUCUUUAGAACCGAAACAGAGCGCUAAAUUUAUGUCAAAGCUGAUCAAGUUACAGUUAGGGUUAUGGUUAACUAUGAAACUAGUUUAGUAGGAGAUGUAGUUGUAAAUUUUGAGAAUAAACAUAAAGGUCAUCAUUUCUGGGCGUAUGAUAUAAAUGAAGUUUUAUCUGCUGCGAAUAUGACGAGCACUGUGGUAACUAAUGAAUAUGUUGAAAUACACUAUUUAAAGGAUUUUAAAAUAAGAAUUGUUGAUGCUUUUAUAGGUAAUGAUAUUGAAUUCACUGAAGGUUUUUUUAGUUUUA